CAAAAGUGACAAAAAAAAUCUUAUUUGAAAAAAAAUUACUUCAAAGAAAAUGGAAUUUUUCGGUUUGUCCCAGUACGGAGUCACUGAUCCCAUCAGAGACAUUCUGCGCGACGAUUAUAAAGAACCAACAAUAACAAUUGGUUUUGGAGCCCCCGAUCAGGAAAUAACAGAUAACCGCCAUUGGUCUGAAAAAAUCCGCGAAUUGGACUGCUACUUAGGCAACGCAGACGGAUACGCGUACGGCUCGCAAGACAGGCUGACGCGUAUGCGCAGAAAGUACAUGUGGAAACCAGUGGGCCCGGUGGAUAUGUACAAGUACCCCGGAGUGAACUCGAUGAACUUCGGUUGGUGGCAUUUCGAUCCGGAACUGACGAAAUUGACUCGGGAACAGGACUGGUACAAGCCUAGAGUACGGAACUCGGUUGUUACCUCUGAAAUGAGCAGAUAUGUUAAUCACUGUUUGACCGUUGACAAAUUUUUCAAAACCUGAAUCCAAUCGAAAAAUCUUUAUUUUUUUAUUUGUACAAAUAAAUUAUUCAAAAAACAAACAUUUGUGUCACUGGCGUACCUACCCUCCGAAAUCGUUGCACCGCGAAUCGAUUUCUC